AUGGCCAUCCAAACUCCAAAGCAAAGAAUAGCAAAUGAAAAAUUCAAUAAAAAUAUUGAAAAACACAGAAAGUAUGGUAAGAAAAAGUUAAACAAAAAUGAUGAAAAAUCUCAAUUACCAAUCUCAAAAGUUUGGUUAGCUGUCAUCUUAUUCCUUUUGAUUGGUGGUGGUGUCUUGGAAUUAAUAAGUUUCUUCUUCUGA